AUGUCCUCGAGGCAUUCGGCGGCGCGGCCAAAUCGAGCUGGCGAGGACUUUGCUCGCACCCACCACGGUGAAGCAGGCAGCGACACUAGCAACGCCAAAUUUGACGUCCGAAAUCCGUCAAUACUGGCUCCUGACUCAAGAGAGGAGGACGCUGUCCUGGAUGCAGACGUCAUCGGCGGCCGGCAUGCCACAAAGCGCGGUGCCGUGAAUCUAGACGGCUACGAUAGCGACUCGGACAACGAAACAUUCAAUGCCAAGGCCGCGAGCCGCAAGAAGGGCAAAGUGGAUAUUAAUGAGCAGCUGGAUAACUACGAUGCCGCAGGAUCUGCAGCAGCCUCGGGGGGUAAUGUGAAUGGUGCGGACGACGACGACGACGACGACGACGAGGACAUGUUUGCCAUGGGCGGCGAGGCGGACGCACCCAAGGGGGAGGAUGAAGACGCUGACUUUGACAAGUCUGGAAAGAAGAAGAAGGAUGUCCGGUUUCUCGAUGCCACGCAGAUCAUGGGCCAGGAACACGGCAGCAAGAGUGGUGGCCAUGUGAGGCUCGACGACAACGACAGCGAGGACGACGAGACUGAAGCACAACUGGCAGCCCUAGAGGAGGGCGUAGACGAGGAAGUUGGUGCAGGCGGUCUGAAGCGUAAUGCGCCAAAGGUCGAGGCCUUCAACUUGCAAGCCGAGAUGGAAGAAGGCCAGUUUGACCAGUCUGGCAACUACGUGCGCAAAGCAGCCGACCCAGACGCCGUCCAUGACAACUGGUUAGACGGCGUGAGCAAAAAAGACAUGAAGAAGGCAGCUGCCGCGCAUGAGAAGCGCGAAGCUGAAGCGCGACAGCAGCGCCUUGAAGAAGCCGACGUUCUCGUCUCUGACAUGCUCAGGACCUUGAUCCUGCAAUUGGAACCGUCAGAGUCGCCCCUCGAGGCCCUGGCUCGACUGGGCAGAGGCCAGACCAAAACCAAGAAGAUACCCAAGUGGAAGCUCAAGAAGAUGAACAAGGGCGCAGAAGACAUGGAAGUGGACAACAAGGACUCUGCCCAAGACGCGGAGCAGACGCGAAUCAAGGAAUCCAUCAAUGCCAUCACUGAUGCGGCUGACAAAUUGCUCAGCCGUGACUACGAAGAGGUUUACGACCAGGAUCGCGAGUUGCUCAUACGGGCAUACCGGCGCGAAACCGGCGAAGAUUGGGUCGAACCGGCGUCACGACAUCAAGAUGUCGAGCACGGGGCGACUGUUACUGUCGAGCCACCAAUCCAACAAUGGGAAUUCCGAUGGACAGAUGGCCGUGAUGACGGAGCUAAGCAAGGCCCGUUUGACAAGGCGACCAUGAAGGCGUGGCAGGAUGCCGGGUAUUUUGCACAGGGCAUUGAAUUCCGGAGCGCUGGCAGCGGCGAGGACGAUUGGACGACGGCGGCCACCUUUGCGUCAUGA